CCCUAGUUCACCAUGCGCUCUCUUGGUUCCUUGGCCCAGGGUUUCCUCACGUCGCCGUCUUCAACCGGAACGCUAAGCACAGCGCUGGAAUGGCUCCCAAAAGAGGUGGGAAGGCUACGGUCCCAGCGAAAAAGAAACCGGAGAAGGUUGUGAAUCCUCUGUUUGAAAAGCGGCCGAAGCAGUUUGGGAUUGGAGGGGCUUUGCCUCCGAAGAAGGACCUCCACCGGUUCGUCAAGUGGCCGAAGGUGGUCAGAAUCCAGAGGCAGAGGAGGAUUCUCAAGCAGCGCUUGAAGGUCCCCCCGGCCUUGAACCAGUUCACCAGGACUUUAGAUAAGAAUCUUGCCUCCAGCCUUUUCAAGAUGCUUCUAAAAUAUCGUCCAGAAGACAGAGCUGCAAAGAAGGAACGGCUUCUGAAGAGGGCUCAGGCAGAGGCAGAAGGGAAGACUGUUGAAGUUAAGAAGCCUAUUGUUGUGAAAUAUGGGCUUAAUCACGUAACUUACCUUAUCGAACAGAAAAAGGCACAACUUGUGGUCAUUGCUCAUGAUGUUGACCCGAUCGAGCUAGUAGUUUGGCUGCCUGCCUUGUGCCGGAAAAUGGAAAUCCCUUACUGUAUUGUGAAGGGAAAAGCACGGCUUGGAGCGAUUGUACACAAGAAGACUGCAGCUGUAUUGUGUUUGACCACGGUAAAGAAUGAGGAUAAACUAGAGUUCAGCAAAAUCCUGGAGGCUAUCAAGGCUAACUUCAAUGAUAAGUUUGAUGAGAUCCGUAAGAAGUGGGGAGGUGGGAUAAUGGGUUCCAAAUCUCAGGCGAAAACAAAGGCCAAGGAAAAGAUGCUCGCGAAGGAAGCUGCUCAGAGGAUGAGCUAGGUUUCUUUCUCCUGAUUUUUGGAUCUGUGGAUUUCACCUCUUGCAUUUUCCAGUCUGUAGCUGUAGUCACAUGAGUAGUGAGCUGACUGGCAGCCAUAUCUUAAAUUUUGAACCAGCUAUGUCUCAAAUUAGAUGAUAUUUUUUAUUGUCUGAAUUGUCUCUCAACUUACCAAGACAUGUUUCAGAUUUUAAAGGACCGGUUAAUAUUAUUUUUUGUGCUUUUUUGUUUUGAAUUA